GCUCCUCCAAAUACAGCGGAAGUCUGAAAGAAAACAAAUCGAAACCCACCAAUGGCAAUUAAAAAUUGUAUUUAAGUUGUUCCAACUACUUUAAUAAUACGCAACACGAGUAAAUCCUAUACAGAUUUUCAUCUGCAGGUGGCACUGUGACCGUUUUUGAAAGAUUCGUAAUAUUGUUAUUGUCCCUAGCUGCUUUCCGUAGUCAUUGGAAAAACAUGGCUUCACUCACAAGCAAGGCGUUUUUGUCUCUAGGUCGAACGAAUAUUUCUGGAUUCAGACUUAAGGAAACAACGAGCAGAGUCACAUAUGCAACCACUUUGUCUGUAAAUCCUUCAUCUGGAAAUAAAGGUUUUCCAGAUAGAGGCAGUAGAGGACCGCUUGGCAGAAGACCCAGAAGAGAUCCAGGGGAGCCUAGGACAGCAAAGAUGCCAGUGGAUCAGGACUGGACCGCAGUUUAUCCUGCUCCAGCGCCAUUCAGGCCAAACGCUGUCCCCCUCCCUGUCAGGAUGGGCUACCCUGUGAAAGGAGGGGUUCCCCCAGAAAAGAAGGGCAACUUGGAGCUAAUUAAGAUACCAAACUUUCUGCAUUUGACGCCCGCAGCCAUCAAGAAGCACUGUGAAGCUCUGAAACCUUUCUGUACUGAGUGGCCGUCCGCCUUGGACAGUGACGCUAAAUGCGAUGAGCACUUCCCAGUUAAAGUUGAGAGCACGGACUACGUGUCUGCUGGCCCCUCCAUCAGAAACCCCUCAGCUCGUAUUGUUCACCUCAGAGUAAAGCUGUCCAGUUUGAACUUGGAUGACCACGCGAAGAAGAAAAUGCUCAAACUUGUUGGGCAAAGAUACUCCAAAGAUACAGAUAUCCUCACAAUUACAGCUGACAGCUGCCCACUGAGGCAGCAGAACUACAACUACGCCAUGUACCUGCUUACUGUUCUCUACCACGAGUCUUGGAAAACUGAGGCGUGGGAGGCUGAGAAGACCGUAGCAGACAUGGAGGAGUAUAGCUGGGAGGACAGCCCGUCCCAAAAGAAUAUCUUGGACACGCUGUUUCGCAUGAAAGCAGCCGGAGAGGGAGACUGCGAGGAAAUGCGAGAGCAGCUGCUGGGAAGACAAGAGGUGCAGGAGUAUAAGGACUCUGUCAUAAGGCUGAAGAACGAAGGAGAGAAUGAGAGCAGCAUGCUGCAGUACAAGGAGGCCGUCAAGAAAGUGCUCAACCUGUAAUAUAGCAAAUAUACAAGUAAAUCUAUUUACAUAAUGACGGUGAGCAACAUCAAUAAGGUUCCUUUGAAGUUGCAAACAUUUUUAUAUGUUAACUUAAGAUUUUUGGGACUCAAAAUAAGCAAUUACAGCAGAUAAUGGCAGCUUCAUAUGAGGUGGAGUUUAAUGACAAUAAAAAAAGAAUGAUGUAA